UCAGCAUCAACCACCAUUAUCAUUUCUCUGUAAAAAAGAAAGAAAGAGAGAGUUUUUGUUUUGUUAUUCCCAAAGGAAAAGAAAUGGCUUCCGUUUCAAAGCUGUCAACGCCGAAUCCAGCAGCGUCCUUGGCAGAUGCGAUCCGCUCCAGAUCUUCUUCUCCCAAAUGCUUCCUCGCUUUUCACGAUCGCAGAAGAACCUCGUCCGUUGCCUCCCUCCGAAUUCGUCAAUCUCCCAAUCUCAAUACCCCUUUGCUAGUUAGAUGCUCCCACACUGAUGGAAAUGGAAGUGUUGCAAAGAGGACAACACUUCAUGAUCUCUAUGAGAAAGAAGGCCAGAGUCCAUGGUAUGAUAAUCUCUGCCGUCCUGUUACCGAUCUGCUUCCUCUUAUAGCCAGUGGUGUCAGAGGCGUAACUAGCAACCCUGCGAUCUUUCAGAAAGCUAUCUCCUCCUCAAACGCUUACAAUGAUCAGUUCAGGGAACUCGUGCAAGCAGGGAAGGACAUUGAAAGUGCAUAUUGGGAACUUGUGGUGAAGGACAUUCAAGAUGCUUGCAAACUAUUUGAACCGAUUUAUGACCAAACAGAUGGCGGUGAUGGCUAUGUCUCUGUUGAAGUAUCUCCUAAGCUUGCAGAUGAUACUAAGGGAACCAUACAGGCUGCAAAAUGGCUUCAUAAAGUGGUUAAUCGCCCCAACGUGUAUAUAAAAAUUCCGGCCACAGCUCCUUGUAUCCCUUCAAUCAAGGAAGUCAUUGCAAAUGGGAUAAGUGUGAAUGUGACUCUGAUAUUCUCGCUUGCAAGAUAUGAAGCUGUGAUUGAUGCUUACUUGGAUGGUCUUGAGGCAUCUGGCCUAAAUGACCUCUCUAGAGUCACAAGUGUUGCCUCUUUCUUUGUCAGUCGAGUGGACACUCUCAUUGACAAGAUGCUUGAGAAAAUUGGCACCCCUGAGGCUCUUAAUCUACGUGGGAAGGCCGCGGUAGCCCAAGCAGCACUAGCCUAUCAGCUCUACCAAAGGAAAUUUUCUGGUCCAAGGUGGGAGGCUUUGGUUAAGAAGGGGGCAAAGAAGCAAAGGCUCCUCUGGGCAUCAACCAGUGUCAAGAAUCCUGCCUAUCCCGACACCUUAUAUGUUGCUCCUCUCAUUGGACCUGACACUGUAUCAACCAUGCCAGACCAAGCCCUUCAAGCAUUCAUUGAUCAUGGCACUGUAUCGAGGACAAUAGAUUCCAAUGCAUCAGAAGCCGAAGGGGUGUACAAUGCUCUGCAGAAGUUGGGUAUUGACUGGGGCUUCGUUGGUGACCAGCUUGAAGCAGAAGGGGUGGAUUCCUUCAAGAAGAGCUUCGAUAGCCUCCUGGAUUCCCUGCAGGAGAAGGCAAACUCUUUAAAGUUGGUCAGCUGAAGUGUUGAGGAUCGUGGUUAAUGUCGCCGUAAUGUAUGUUGGCGUUUAUGGAUUAAUAAAAGGCAGCGGCUGUGGCCAUCACCGGGGCCAUGGCUUUGGCUUGCUUGCAUCUGUAAAUCUGCUUCUUGGAAUCACUAUAAAACGAAAUUUCCGCUGCUUGUUCCUUUCA